AUGACGGAGUACGACAAAUAUGCUGAACAGCUGAGGCAUCCAGACAACCCAAUCGUAUUCAUUGAAGUUACGGCGGGUGGAGCUCCAAUCGGCACUAUCGUAGUACGUCCAAUUAUAGACAUUUAUUUUUAUCCAGCUCUUUCUCAAAAUGUUACCAAGUAAAGUUAAGAUGGAACUCUAUGCGGAUGUUACUCCUAGAACGGCGGAAAAUUUCCGUCAGUUUUGCACCGGUGAAUACCGAAAAGACGGCGUUCCGAAUGGAUACAAAAACAGCACUUUUCACCGGGUCAUCAAAGACUUCAUGAUUCAAGGCGGUGAUUUUGUGAAUGUGAGUGUUUUGAUCUUUUUUUUUUCAACUUCUGAACUUUUCAGGGAGAUGGGACAGGAUUGAUGAGCAUAUAUGGGGCGAAAUUCCGCGACGAAAAUUUUGAUUUGAAGCACACUGGCCCAGGAAUACUCUCGAUGGUUUGGUUCAUUAAUUAUUCUGGUUAACAGUGUAUUUUUUAGGCCAAUGCAGGACCAGAUACGAAUGGCUGCCAAUUUUUCAUAACUUGCGCAAAGACAGACUUUUUGGAUAACAAGCAUGUCGUUUUCGGUGAGUUAUUAGAGUUUAUCGCUUGGUUUAUUUACAAGUGAAAAAGUUUUUCAUGGGUAAUGACUUUUUUGGUGAACGUAGAAGGAGGCGUAAUCGUUGUAGUUGUGGAAAAUAUGUCCGUUGUCCGUUUUCCAUCCCAUAUUCCUGAAUUUAAUCAUCAUCAAGGCAUGUUUCACAGAAUUUUUUCUAGGAAUUUUUUUUCAGUCUGAAUUUUUCUCUUGAUAAAAGGAUUCUUCAAUAAAACGCUUUUUUUCAGCUACUUCAGCUUUCAAUAAUAGUUUCGAUCCGCAGAACCAAGUUUAUGAAACACUCAUCGAAAUUUAAAUACAGAAAAGUUAGCCUAGAAUUCUUAUUUAGAAGCGUUAAUGUCGGUAGUUUUCAAAAACUGAAACUUUCACAUUUUUCGAAUUAUCUAUAAAUUUCAAAUUUUCACAUUCUCACCUUUUUUCCAGCGCUUCUCUUGUCUAUAUAUUUUUUUCUUACAAAAAAAUUGAGUAAGGAAAAAGGAAAAAGAGGGGGAGAGAGUGAAAAUGAAAACAGAUUUUCCCUGGGCUACAAGUUUCGAACGAAACAUUUUCGAGUUUUUUUCCGGGAAAGUUUUUCUCUGUAAUUUUUCUGUUGGAAAUAACCUGUAAAAGUCGUAUUGGGAGGGUGGGAUGGCAGUAGUGGUGGUCCAAGCGGCGAAAGGAUUGGCGAAGCCGUAGUUCUGCUGCAAGAACGGGACGAGCGUCUGACCCGUCACUGUCAGUACGAAAGUCGAAAAUAAGAAAGUCUUGAAUAGAGAUUGCAACAUUAUCUUGGAUUAUCACCUUGUUUCGGCUUCUGUGAAUGCCUUUUAUUGGGUCGAAGCUGGUUUGUAACAAGAGACCACGUUCCUGGAAAUAUAUAUCUCGGCGUGACCGGUCAAACAAGACCGUGACGCCAAUCUCUUUUUGGUCUUGUUUUUUUUAUACCUCAGAUUUAGGAUUCGGCUAGGGCCAUAAUAAACUUUCGUUCCAAUAGAAGACAGUAUUUGACUUGAUUGUGAUUGUUAACUUCCUUUACGCGCAAUUUUUUACGAGAGAAUAUUGAGAGGAAUCAAAUUUAAAUUGGUUUUCGAAAAAGUUAUACAAAUUCUACAGCAUCACAUUAAAAGGAAACUUUUUGCAUGUUCUUCACCAGAUUAUUGCUACCUUUUUGUAGUUUUCAUAGCUAUUCCAGAGUUCCGCAAACCAAACUGUAGUUCUAGCAAGUACUCAUUUUAAAACAGUAUGAUCAUGCUGAAGCUAUAAAGCAUAGUUAUUCACAAAUUUAUUCCUAAAUUUUUUGCUGAUCAAACGAUAAGAUAGUAUUGGACAUGAAUAACAGGAAAGUUUUCAGGCCGAGUUUUGGACGGAAUGCUGGCCGUGAGGAAGAUUGAGAACGUUCCCACAGGCGCAAAUAACAAACCGAAGCUGCCGAUCGUUAUUGUUCAAAGCGGACAAUUGUGAUAUCUUUUCAAUUUUCGAUCUUUUCCAUCCUAUCUCAUUCCUUCACGGUUGUAAUUUUGUUGACUUUUCAUUAUAAAACUUUGAUUUUUUGCUUUGAAUCUAUUGAUCAUUUCGUCAGUUUUUCAAUCUGAAAAUAUCGCGUAAGACCGGUUUUUUCUCCAUGCUGUAUGAUUUUCAGCCCUUUGAUGGCGACGAUCAGAGGGAAUUUUCCGACUGAACAACGCGAGUUCAAAUUUAAGGUGGACUGAAUACAUUAGACAUAUAUCUGUUUGGUUUAGGUGGUUUUGUUGGGAGAAGGCGCGGUCGGCAAAUCUUCGUUGAUUAUGAGAUAUUGCGAGAAUAAGUACAGUUCCAAGCAUCUGUCGACUAUUCAAGUAGGAUUUUGAGUGUGUAUGACCCCAGUUUAUCAGGAAAUUCAGGCUUCGUUCCAAAAGAAAACGCUUGAGAUUGAGAACUUUUCGGUCGAGUUGAAUAUUUGGGACACUGCCGGCCAGGAAAAAUACCACGCUCUGGGGCCUAUUUACUACAGGUUUUUUGAAGUAUUGAGAAGAACUCGUGUGAGGUAAUUCUCUUUGCAGAGGGAGUAAUGGAGUUCUUCUGAUUUACGACAUCACCGAUCAGAGAUCUUUUGACAAGGCAUUUUAUCUUUUUAUUUAUCAAAACCAAGCUUUAUCAAGGUAAAAAUGUGGGUGCGAGAGCUCCGGACGAUGCUCGGAAGCGAGGUGGAGCUGAUCAUCGUCGGCAACAAGUUGGACCUGGACAGGCAACGAAACGUGGAAAGAACCGUCGCCGAAGAGUUUUCUUUUCCGUAAAGUCACCAAAAAAGUCUAAAUGCUUCAAGGUUUGCUGAAUCGGUAGGCGCUCAGUACGCAGAGACGUCGGCCAAGGAGAAUCUUGGCAUUGCUCAAGUUUUUGAGCAGUUGUCAGAAAGUUUUUGUCUGUUAAAGCUCUAAGGAAGCAUUUCGGGGUUCAGAAAUGAUCGCCGCGGCUCAGGAGGCGGCGAGAAACGCUCCGGUCGCCGGUAGGAGAACCAUUGAACUCGUCGACGACGAGGAGGUACAACGGAGGUCCAAGUGCUGUUGA